UUAGUGCAUCGUUUAAGUGUCGAGAUUGUCUCCCGAGUGUGCGAAGCCAGAGCGAAGACGUACGACGAUGGCAUCAUCGGUCCAACUGCACCAGUACCGACAGAGUGGCGGCGCGCAGACGCAUCAGAUGAGCCCCCUGAACCUGCUAGCAGCCACCUGCAACCGCAUGUACCCCCACCAACCUUACACCCCCCACACACAGCUCUCCCCAGCGUCGACUACCUCGUGCAGCAGCGACGGCUACGUCUCCCAAUCAACCCUGGAAACCUCCAGGUCCCCCCUGGAAUACUCACCUCACUACCAACCCUCCUACAGCCACACCUACCCCAACCAGUACUGGUUCCAGCAUUCUCCACCUCCAGCGGACCUCGCAACCAGCGGGUACCAACCCCAGCAAACCAUGAGUCACCAUCAGUACCAGUGGCCUCAAAGCAAUUACAUGAGUUCUUUCGCCUCCAAGAUGAUGAUAAAGCCUGAGAUAGGGGUCGGGGAUUAUGGUACCUACUCUUCCAAGGCUAGGAGAUGCAUCAAAUGCCAGUGUCCUAACUGCAUCAACGAGGAAAACGGGCUGAGGAAGCCUUCCUCCAAGAAACUGCACAUCUGCCACUACCCAGGCUGUGAUAAGGUGUACGGGAAAACCUCUCACCUCCAAGCCCAUUUGAGGUGGCACACAGGAGAAAGGCCCUUUGUGUGCAACUGGUUGUUUUGCGGUAAAAGGUUCACCAGGUCGGACGAGCUACAAAGACAUUUGAGGACACACACUGGGGAGAAGAGGUUUGCUUGCAGCAUCUGCUCCAAGAGGUUCAUGAGGUCUGAUCACCUCACGAAGCAUAUCAAGACGCACAAGAAUGGAAGCAGCGGUGCCAAGAAAGAGGAAGGGGAAGUUCAGAAGGAGGAGGAGAGUUCGAGUUCGUCGCCCGUGCUUAAAGAGGAUUCCAGCAAGAACCAACAAAGUGUGGGGCCAAGUGUGCAGCAGACUUUCUCGCAAAAUUAUUCUCAGAGUCAGCUACCUCAGUACAGUGCGCAUCAUAUACUGCAUCCUGGGUCUAGUUUGUAUGGUUAUCAGGGGCUUUAUUACCCGGGAAUUAAUGAACAAUGAGUGUCCAAACUACGAGGAAAUCAAGAUGUUCUAGCACUCCUACAAGAAACUGAACACCUGCCACUGCCCAGGCUGUGGCAAGAUCUUCCACCUUAGAGCGCACUUGAUGUGAUACACAGGAGAAAGGCCUUUCUUGUGCAACUGGUUGUUUUGCGGUAAAAAAAACAUCAGGUCAGACGAGCUGCAGAGCCAUUGAAAAACACAAACUGGGGACAAGAGGUUUUCUGGCAGCAUCUGCUCUAAGAGGUUCAUGAUAAGGUCUGAUCUCCUCACGAAGCACAUCAAGACCCACACGAAUAAGGGAUACGUUUGCCAAGAAAGAGGAUGAGGAGGUUCAGUCUGUUAGUCGCCUGCGCCUAAAGAUGAUUCGAGCAAACACUAAGAAAGUGUGAGGCCAAGUGUGAAGCAAACCUUUUGGCAAAUUUUCCUCAGAGUCAGCUACCUCAGUA